UUCCACACUUUCCCCACCUCAGAUUCCAGCCUCCCAAACACCCUCUAAACCAACACCCCCCACCUAAAAAUAUAAAUUUGCGUCAAAUAUAUAUAUAUUUUUCCAAUCACACAAAACCCUUCUAAAUCGUCCGCUGCUAUGGUUUCCACAACUACACCUCUAUACCCACCACAUUCACUUCUCUAUCAACCACCCUAAAAAAAAAAAAAAUCGAACCGCCACCCAAAACCAAAACCAAAAAAAUGAUGGUCUCAGUUUUCUUGGCUCUUUUCUUACCUUGUGUUGGGACCAGCGUGGUUUUCAUCGUAUACAUCUGUCUCUUAUGGUACGCCACCAGUUUCUCAGGCAACGGCAACGAUUCAAGGUCACCGGAAAAGCCGGUCAAGAAAACUGGGUUAUCGGAAUCAGAGCUAGAGAAGCUGCCUAAGGUUCCUGCGAAAGAUUUGGUGUUGGGUACAGAGUGCGCUGUUUGUCUUGACGAGAUUGAGAGUGAGCAACAGGCUAGACUGAUUCCCGGUUGCAACCAUGGGUUCCAUGUUCAAUGCGCAGACACUUGGCUUUCUAAGCAUUCGGUUUGCCCUGUUUGUAGGACCAAGCUUGAUCCUCAGUUCUUGAAUGAAUCCAUUGAACCUGAAAAUCCUUGUUAAGAAAACGGGAAAAAGCCGAAAAGACGUUACGUUUUUUUGGUUGGUUUUGGAUUAUGAUAUAAACUUUUGUAGUUUGUGGUUGCAUCUGUGAUCUUUAGUUUCUUUUUCCUCUUUUUUUUUUUUUUUUUUUGACCAGAUCUUAGUUGUCUAUUCAUGGCCUCCUGGGCUAUUUUUGGUUCUUAAAUAUCAUUAUUAUUAUUAUUUUUUUUGUUGGU